AAUUAUAAUUAUAAUAUAAUUUGCUGUUUCAUCAUCGUCGACACGCCAGUGUUUCCCGUUCAUUCCCACAUACUUUUCUUCCCGAAACUUCUGCAUUUAGAGACGGACGAUCCUGCUUCCCCAAAUCCCUUUCUUCAAUAUUCCAGAUUUGUUACAAAGUGUCUCUGUCGUAUUGGUCAAUAAAAAACCAGACCACUUCAUGAUGAUGGCGGCGGCGGCGGCGGUGAGACGUCGAGGUUCAGAAGCCUUUUUUAUUGGGGCCCAAAUUCAGCGAUGUCAAAUGAAAAUAAUGGGUAUGAUUCUUCUUCUAUCUCCAACCACUUUAUCACUGUUGUCUACCAACCACUCCAACUCCAUUUCUUCCUCUAGCAGUAGCAGUAGAUAUAAACACAGCAAUGAUGCUUCUUUAUUUAGAAACAUUGAUGAUGCCCUUUCUUGUUUCAAUCACAUGCUUCAUAGGAAACCCCUGCCUUGUAUCAUCCAAUUCAAUAAAUUAUUAUCUGCAAUUGUCAAAAUGAGACAGUAUUACGAUGCUGUGAUUUCUCUUUCCAAACAAAUGGAAUUAGCUGGGCUCUCUCCUAAUACUUAUACCCUUAAUAUGUUGAUUAAUUGCUUCUGCCAGUUGCAACGUAUUGAUCUUGGGUUCUCUGUCUUGGCCAAAGGCAUUAAACUUGGUCUUCAACCCACUAUUGUCACAUUUAACACCUUAACCAAUGGGCUCUGUAAAGUGGGUAAAUUUUCCCAAGCCGCGGAAUUAUUUGAUGACAUGGUGGCAAGAGGGUGUCAACCUAAUGUCCACACUUAUAAUACAAUUAUCAAUGGCUUAUGUAAGAUCGGGGAAACUGCUGCUGCUGCUAGAUUGCUUAAGAAAAUGGAAGAGGCAGGCUGCCAGCCUAAUGUGGUGACAUACAGUACAAUCAUUGACGGUCUUCGCAAAGAUAGGCGGGUGAAUGAGGCUUUAGAUAUCUUCUCUUAUAUGAAGGCUAAAGGCAUUUCCCCUGAUAUUUUCACUUACACCUCUUUAAUCAAGGGCUUAUGCAAUUCCAGCCGAUGGAAGGACGCUUCAGCAAUGCUAAAUGAAAUGAGGAGUUUGAAUAUCAUGCCAGAUAGUGUCAUCUUCAACGUGCUAAUUAAUACAUUUUGUAAAGAAGGCAAGGUUUCACAGGCUCAAGGUGUGUUAAAAACAAUGACUGAAAUGGGUGUGGAGCCUGAUAUUGUUACUUACAGCUCAUUGAUGUAUGGAUAUUCCUUGUGUAUGGAAGUUGUUGAAGCUAGAAAGCUUUUUGAUGUCAUGAUAACCAAGGGUUAUAAACCUGAUGUUUUUUGUUAUAACAUCUUAAUUAACGGAUAUUGUAAGGCCACAAGGAUAGAUAAGGCCAAGCAACUUUAUAAUGAAAUGAUUCUUCAAGGCUUAACUCCGGACAAAGUUACUUACAACACCCUUAUUCAUGGCUUGUGCCAAUUAGGCAGGCUUAGGGAAGCACAAGAUCUUUUCAAGAAUAUGCACAAGAAUGGCAACCUCCCAGAUUUAUUUGCUUACUCAAUAUUGCUCGAUGGCCUUUGCAAACAAGGGUAUCUUGGAAAGGCAUUCAGAUUGUUUCGAGCAAUGCAAAGUUCCUCCUUGAAGCCUGAUCUGGUGAUGUAUAACAUCCUGGUUGAUGCCAUGUGCAAAUCCGGGAAUCUUAAAGAUGCAAGGGAACUGUUUUCAGAACUCUUUGUCAAAGGUUUGCAGCCUAAUGUUCAGAUAUACACUACAAUAAUAAAUGGACUUUGUAAAGAAGGAUUGUUAGAUGAAGCAUUGGAAGCUUUCCGAAAUAUGGAAGAGGAUGGCUGCCCUCCAGAUGAAUUUUCUUAUAAUGUUAUUAUCCGAGGAUUUCUCCAGCACAAGGAUGAAUCAAGGGCAGUGCAUCUUAUUGGUGAAAUGAGAGACAGAGGUUUCAUUACAGAUGCGGGAACCACAGCUUGGUAGAAGAUCUGUUAUCUAAUGAAGACAAUCUUGUUCUGAAGAAGUAUCUAGGCUUACGUGAAGUCGUCAUGGUGAAAAAGGCUUAUGUCAAUUUUUCAUGCUGCUAAUUCACACUGCAAAUAUUAGGUGGAUGCUACCCCCAAUUCUGCAAAUGAGAAACAAAUAAAUACGCAAACAACCCUGUGGGGAAGCGCGGCAAGUUGAGUGGAGUAAGAUUCAGACACCUACUGAUGAAGUAGUGGUUCCAUAUGAUACCUUGGAGUCAGCUCCUGAGGGUUAAUGGAGGUUUGGUUUGGGGACAACAAUGGGAUGCACUGGUCCUAAAUAUGUAAUCUUUUGUUCGUUAUGCUGUCAAAUUGCUAGGGAAAAAAGAA